AUGUACAGAUGCAUGGUUGACGUGGAACAGGUGGAAGCAGCGUCUUUGCUGGCGUCGCUCGGGCUGGACACGGACACUCGUGAAUCACUCGCCAACCGCUGGCAUGUUAGGUGGACAAAUGGGAAUCGGAGGGAUGAUACGCAUCGUGUACUUUAUCAGUGCGAUUGCGGUUAUAAUCAUACUGCCGCGGGGACGAAGAUCCGUCAGAAUCCCGUACCGUUCACGGAAUGCCCUGCUCAUGUGGAACUCACCUAUGUCGUCAGCACACAACGUAUCCUUAGAAUCCGCGGACUCUCCAAGCACAAUGCUGCAUGCGAAGCCGCUGAGUAUAGCCAGAUACCCCGUUGCCCUCUUCAUCCGUCCGUCUUCGCUGUGGCCCUCAAACAGCUUGCUGAAGGGGUCAAUCUAGACAACAUACACGAGAAGAAUACUCAGAUGUUCAAAGCCGGUCUAUAUAAAGGACAACCGACGAACAUGGACGAGAGCAAGUCAGCGUACCGUUGGCUCCUGAAGCGCCAUGACACACGGUCACUCUAUCGGCAAUACAACUGCCUGCACGGUAUCAAUGUUACUGAAGCCGCCAAUGUCAAUAUCGAUGAAUGGAUGGACAAGACCUCGCCUCGAUACAAUCCCAAGAUCGCGGAUGCGAUCUUCCACUAUUCUGCGCGUGCAGAGCGGGGCGAUCGAUUUGAAGUAUGCAUUGCGACUGAUGAGAUGAAGGAGGCGGCGUGGCGUCACGGAGAUCGAAGCCAAAUUCUCCUGGAUGGAACGUUUGGGGUCAGUACAAAGAAGAUCCUUCUAUUUAUCCUGAUGGGGCUAGACGAGAAACGUCGCGGCGAACCUCUCGCAAUGUUCCUUUUCUCUGCUCCUUCUGGUAAUCGCCACACUGCCGCUGGGUACAAUACGGAGAUCCUGGAGAAGCUUCUGAGAGCUUGGAGGACCUCACUAGGUGAGAGGGAUGGACGUACCUUCAAUCCCGCCGUAGCGAUCACCGAUACCGAUCUCAUGGAACGCAACGCCCUCAUGCGAGUGUUCCCCGACAUAUGGCUCCUGAUCUGCAAGUUUCAUCUUCCUCGAAUGGCCCGCCUCGAAACCGAACUCGUCGCCACAACAAAUUUUAACGAGGCUCGGGAGAUGUUGGCGAAGGAGAAGGCCGUGCUUGAAAGGAUGCUGGUGGACUAUCCAAUGAUCGCGUCGAACGGCCUGGAGCACCUCCGUUAUCUUGGUGACGGGUACUGGAUGAAAGACGAGAGCCUGUGGAGAAGCUGGUCGGACUAUGGACGCCGAUACGCCGCUGUACUCCUUCAUUGCGACAUCGAAGGGGUACUCACCACGACGAAUCAUCUCGAGUCCUUUAACGGAAUCUUGAAGCGCAAACACCUGCGUCGCUGGCAGCGAGGGAACCGACGUCUCCGAGUCGAUGUGCUCAUCAAGCUACUCGUCACGAAGAUUCUUCCGGCGAUAUUUGAGCAACGAACGCUUGAAGUACAGGAGGAGGAUCAUUGGAGGAGGAUCUUGUUGACCCUACCAGGAGGCACAGCUCUCGUUAGCGGGCUGUCAUCGAACGCCGGCCGUGCUGUUCUACCGCCUAUCGCCUACUUUGUGCAAGACACCGCACGCGACCAGGCGGCAGCCGAACUUCUACAAGAGAAUCAAAUCAGCGUACCUGCUUUCGACUUUCGGACCCAAAGCUUCCUCUUCACAUGUUACUCGUCGUACGCAACUGUCUACGAUCCUCAUCCGACCCUGUACAAUAUCGCGGUUUCGACAGAUGGUUCGGGUUGCUGUGACUGCGCCGACUUCACUCAACGAGGAGGAGCAUGUAAGCAUCUCCGUGCCGCGCUCCUUUGGCUCGACAAGCGCCGCAGUGAAGACCCGAGAACGCCAUCAGUCACUUUGCCUUGCUCGGAGGACGAAGCACGGAAACGUACACGGACAGACCUCUUCUCACGGCUUCAAGACACGGGCGGAGUCGCACCAUCCCUACCAACUGGUGUUAUGCGAGGCAUCCCAGCUGCAGUCGUAGAUGAGGCCAUACGAGAAGCAAACGAGAUGUUGUACGAGGACGUGGGCGAGGACGGAGAGGGGAAGGAAGACUCCAGAGAAGACGGGGAGGAAGAGGACGACGACAGCGAUCUUGAGAGUGUGGCAACGGACGCUGGCGAAGACGGCGAGUUUAUAUUCACAGCGCUUGGUCAUACAGGUAGCACUCGGCGUGCGAUCGACGAGCAAACUUUCGCAAGAGUGCUAUUCGACCUGGCCUGUGUGGCACCGAAGCUCGGUCAGCUCGGACGCUACCUCAAGGACACUCACGGAAUGUUCAGCCCUGCUGAUGCAGAGAAGGCCGCUCAAGCAAAGGCAGAUAUCGAUCUGCUUUCCGAGCAGUUAGGGCGCCUCCUAGAGAUGAAAGGCCCACCCAUAUCGGAGCCACAUCAAACAAGCGCCACACCAGAGCGUCCACAAACCCCGAAACCUACCUUUGCCACAUCAUUAUCUCUCAGCAAGCAAGAGGUCGCCAAAGGUUCACAGAGUGGUGGACAAAGUGAGGUAGAGCGUAUGAGGUUGAAGAGAGCAUCUCUCUACCCACACUCGCCAGAGAAGGAUGCAAAGCGGCAUCAAUCUUACGGCCACGAUUGA